ACCCGCCCCGCUGCUGUCUGGCGGGGGAGGAGCUCGAGACCGGGAGCAGCGGCUCUGGCGGUCGUGGCGGUCGGAGGUCCGAGAGCUCUGCUUCUCUGAAAAGCGUGUGGCUUUCUGGACUUGCCCCUUUGCGGAGCACUCCGUGGCCUUUCUUCCCAUAUUUUGCUGCUGUUUUGCCAAAUGGUAAAUGGUUAAGAUUUUUAGGUAAAAAUACUGUUCCCAGGGAAAAAAUUGUAAGGAGGAAAAAAUAAUUAUUCUCAGGGAAAACUAGACCCACGCACGCCCUUUUCUUUCAUUUUGCCUCUUCCCUGCUACAUCGGUUUGGGUCUCCCGUUUGAGCUGAUGGCCUUUUCCCACCUCUUAUUAUGACAUUGCGUACCCCCUACCCCACACCCCUCCGUGUCUCGCGAGCACGCGCCCCCGCACAGAAGCUUUCCAUCGCAGCCCCCUCCUUGCCCCUCCAUCCUCAAGGUUCCAGUGCGUCUUCUCUCCCGCGCAUGCGCAGGCACACGCAGCACACACCCUCUCACACACCCUCUCACACACCCUCACACCCUCACACCCUCCCAAGACUUCCCCCUCCUCUAUCCGCCUACGACAUACACACCUCUAGCACCGGCCCCCUCCCUGCUCGGCCUCUGCGUGCUCUCGCGAACACAUGCCUAUUCACACACCCCCUCAGGCUGCUCUCCUUCUUCCUUCCUGUCAUAUACACACAUAAGGACAUCCUUCUAUUGCUGGCCAGUGACAUGCAUAUACAGCCACAUGUGCUCAUUCAUACCCCCUCCUCAAAUGCUCUCCUCUAUUGAUCUCUCUGCCACGUGUGUCAGACACAGCUCUUUCGCUGGUCCCUGAGGUGCACACACACACUCACAUAAAUCCUUCUAUGGGGACACCACCUGCUUCCCUGCUUGCCAUAUCCACACAGGCAGGCAUCGUUCUUUGAUUGCCGGCCUCUGUUUCAUCCACCUCAAGCGCAUCCGUCUCCAGUGCUGCGCCACUCCCGACCCCCGCUUCCGUUUGUGCCUGCUGCAUUUGCUCACACUGACAUUUCUCCAUUGUUGCCUCCCAUUUUGACUAACAUACGCACACACAAACUCUCAGACACUCCUCUCCAUUGCCAACCAUACACUCCCCUGCCUGUGACAUACACAUAAACAUGGGCAUCCUUCUGUAGUUUCAGCUGCCACACAUAUAGCGACACACACAAACACCUUCCCUUUCCUCAUACAUACACACACCCCUCUCCUCCAAAGCCACCCCACCCAUGCCUGUCAUUUUCAUACCCACAUCCAGAAUCAUUCUAACACUCAUACCCUUUCCCCCUACAAACAAUAAACAUCCCUCUGUUGCAGGAUUGCUGGUCCCCUUCCACCUGUCCCUCUCCUCUUGAUAGACACAUAGGCACUUGUGCGCACACAGCGAUCUGUAUUUUCCACUCUAUUCCAAUUUGCAUUUCUCCUGUAUGUCUGCAGCACUCAGAAGAACGCAGACACUCCAUAAAAAGAAAACUACAACAGACUUUCCUUUCCCCACAUUGGCACAAUUCUACAGUACUUCACCCACCUUCCAAGUGUCCGGUCACCCCCCAUCUUCCGUCAGAUUCUCCCCUAAGUCUGGCUUUCCUGCAAACCCAGUCUUGUAAUCAUUUUGCCAACAUUAAAAAUGUGUUUCAGGUCUACACCUGUCACUGAAAUGCUACUCCAGGCCUUAGAAGAAAGUGAAACUAAAUUUAAAGGCCCCUUAUUAUUUCAGUUACCUGCCUGCUGAAGUGAAAAUAAAUCUCCCUGCUCCUUUAUUCUAAACUGAUUUUACUUUCCCAUCUGAAAAAUGUGUGCAGGGAGCAGGAAUCUUCCUGCCCGAGCCCCAGCUGUAUUGAAAACCCUCCUAAGUCAGAGUGAUGGGUCAGGAAUCUAGCAAGCCUGUAUGGCCCAAUCCAACAGGAGGGUAUCAGUCCAAUACAGGUAGGAGGUAUGGAAGAAGGCAUGCUUAUGUCAGUUUCAGGCCACCCACGAGCCAGCGGGAAAGGAUUGCCAGCCAGAGAAAGACGAACUCCAAAGUCCCAAUGCACAGAUCAGCCUCCAGUCAAACCACCAAGAGGAGCCGAUCGCCAUUUUCCACUACUCGUCGUAGUUGGGACGACAGCGAGAGUUCGGGAACCAACCUAAAUAUUGAUAAUGAGGACUAUUCCAGAUAUCCGCCAAGAGAGUACAGAGCUUCGGGUAGCAGAAGAGGAAUGACCUAUGGACAUAUUGACUCUUAUGGGGCAGAUGAUAGUGAGGAGGAGGGGGCUGGGCCUGUUGAGCGACCGCCAGCGAGAGGAAAAACUGGCAAGUUUAAAGAUGAUAAGCUGUAUGACCCAGAGAAAGGGGCAAGGUCUUUGGCUGGGCCACCUCCACAGUUCUCUAGUUUUAGCCGUGAUGUGAGAGAGGAGCGAGACAAGUUAGACCCAGUCCCUGCAGCAAGAUGCUCAGCUAGCAGAGCUGACUUCCUGCCACAAAGUAGUGUGGCCUCACAGUCGUCUUCUGCUGAAGGCAAGGUGGCUACAAAAGGUGACAGCUUGGAGAGGGAGAAAAGGGAGCAAAAUUUACCUGCACGUCCCAGCAGGGCUCCUGUGAGUAUUUGUGGUGGUGGGGAAAACACCUCAAAGAGUGCAGAGGAACCUGUGGUCAGGCCCAAAAUCAGAAACCUGGCAAGUCCAAACUGCGUGAAACCAAAAAUUUUUUUUGAUACUGAUGAUGAUGAUGAUAUGCCACACAGUACUUCCAGGUGGAGGGAUACUGCCAAUGACAAUGAAGGCCACUCAGAUGGCCCAGCAAGAAGAGGCAGAGGCGAGAGUUCAAGUGGCUAUUCUGAGCCAAAGUACCCUGAAGACAAACGGGAAGUGAGGAGUGACCAAGUGAAACCAGAAAAGGUGCCGAGACGACGACACACCAUGGCCGACCCUGACUUCUGGACACACAGUGAUGAUUACUACAAAUACUGUGAGGAAGACUCUGACAGUGACAAAGAGUGGAUUGCUGCUCUGCGUCGGAAGUAUCGAAGCCGAGAGCAAGCCCUGUCCUCCAGUGGCGAAAGCUGGGAGACUCUGCCGGGGAAAGAAGAGCGGGAACCUCCACAGGCUAAGGUGAGUGCCAGCACUGGCGCCAGCCCCGGCCCCGGUGCUAGUGCCAGUGCUGGGGCUGGCGCCGGGGCCAGUGCUGGCAGCAAUGGCAACAAUUACCUUGAAGAAGUUCGAGAACCAUCUCUUCAGGAAGAGCAGGCAUCCCUGGAAGAAGGAGAAAUUCCUUGGCUCCAGUACAAUGAGAAUGAGAGUAGCAGUGAGGGGGAUAAUGAUUCUGGUCAUGAGUUGAUGCAGCCUGGGGUAUUCAUGCUGGAUGGAAACAACAACCUUGAAGAUGACUCCAGUGUGAGCGAAGACCUAGAAGUGGAUUGGAGCCUCUUUGAUGGAUUUGCAGAUGGGUUAGGAGUGGCUGAAGCCAUUUCCUAUGUGGAUCCUCAGUUCCUCACCUACAUGGCACUUGAAGAACGCCUGGCCCAGGCAAUGGAAACUGCCCUUGCACACUUGGAGUCUCUUGCAGUGGAUGUGGAGGUGGCCAAUCCACCAGCAAGCAAGGAGAGCAUUGACGCUCUUCCCGAGAUCCUGGUCACUGAAGAUCAUGGCGCAGUUGGUCAGGAGAUGUGCUGCCCCAUCUGCUGUAGCGAAUAUGUGAAAGGGGAGGUGGCAACUGAGCUGCCAUGCCACCACUAUUUCCACAAGCCGUGUGUGUCCAUCUGGCUUCAGAAGUCAGGCACCUGCCCUGUGUGCCGCUGCAUGUUCCCUCCCCCACUCUAAAGACCAAGGCUGUUUACUCCUGGUCUGAUUAUUUUCCCCAUCUGAAAUCCACAAUACUGCAGGAGCCCUCUUGAAAUUAACAAUGGAAACAAAACCAGUCAGUCAGUUAGCCUAAACCUAUUGAUUCCUCGUGAUUAUUUCCAAUGUGAAAACAGUUGUGUAUGAUUGCAUUAAAAAUCAUAUCAUCUUUUAGAGGUUAGAAAAGGGAAAACUAAACUUUAUAAAUGCUACUUGAGAUUGCAGUAAGAACAUACGUUUUCUAACCUGAAAGUUAAAUCGCAUUUGUUUUCUUCAGUAGAAUGUGUUGCUGUUACUUGUAAUGUCAAGUGUAUCUGUUAAAUAUGUCCAAAAGGCAAAAUCAUUUUUGUUGCAUGUUAUGGGUCAAUGUUCCUGUAAUUGCAGUGCUGUAAAAGCUUAUUAAAGUUUUUCUUUUGGUUUUACAUGGUAUAAUGGAAUUCUUUGGUUUUGUCUGAAACAGUGGUACUGAAUGACUUUAUAAUUGAUCCCUUGCAUUUGCAUCAAAAACUUUAGUUUCACUGGAAAUGCUGACUUCAACAAUCGCAAAACAACCAAAAAAAAAAAAAAAACAACAACAAAAAAAAUGAGGGCAGUGACUUUAAAAGUAGGAAUAAAGUGUAUGGUUGUCCAGCUACUACAGGGAAAAAGUCAAAUAGAUGAAGAAGGAAGAAAACAAAGAAGGAAAGAAAGAAACAAUAAGAAAGCAUGGUAAAGAAACAAAACAAUGGCAGGAUUAAGUCCAAACUGAAUGUAGGGAUGAAUGAGUUGAAAUCACCUUUGAGAAAAUAGAAACUCUCAGAGGGAAUGGGUCCAAAAAAAUAAAGCUAUAUGCGAAUUUUAUAGCUUAACACAGUGA